AUGGCUUCUGUCGAUAGUGGGGUAGCUUCAUCAAACUCAGAAGAACACUGCGAAGAAAUAAAUGUUGAUGAAGAUGCUGCUGCAGGUACUUUCAGUGCUAAUGCCAAUCGUUGUAAAAAAGCUAGUGCUGGCAAACAAUCUGCCACGGAAUCCAGAAGAAAGGAUGCAACUCCAUAUUGUGUGUAUGUACCUCCCAAGUACUUUCAAAAAGAAGUAGUGACUUCAAAAUCUACAACAUAUAAAUGCCUAAUGGGAUGUCACAAUAAAAUUGUGACUGUGUUCAACAGCACUUUGAACAAUGCCAGAAGACAUGGUUCUACAUUCCACAAUGUAUUAUUGGAUGAGUUUAACGCUUCAUUCACUGCUGGAAGACAAUCUUCCAAUGUUGAUGGCAAACAGUUGCUCGUGGCUACAAUUGAUAAACACCUGGUGAAUUUCAACGAUUCUCCAUCCACAAUUACACCAAUUGUUACGCAGUCUCAACUCGAUGACCACAUAAUGGUAGGCACUAGGCAGUAG